ACAUUGGCGGAAGGGCGAACGGAGGGAACCAUAGAGCGCGCGAUGAAGACGGCGGCAAGAGAAGAAUUAGACUUGGAAGUAAUGGAGCCUUUAAUUGAAGGUGGGGAAUCUGAAAGUGAAGGUGCAGAAGAGGAAACGGAAGACAAAGGUGGAGAUAAGGAGAAAAAAAAGUUGCUGCCGGCAGAAAAGAAAUACGAGCUUGAGGAUGAAGAAGGAAUUACGUACAUCCAAACGCUCAUUCACCUCCUCAAAGGGAACAUUGGAACUGGACUUUUAGGCCUGCCACUUGCAAUAAAAAAUGCAGGCCUUGUGCUUGGACCAAUCAGCCUUGUGUUCAUUGGAUUCGUGUCUGUUCACUGCAUGCAUAUUCUGGUUCGGUGCAGCCAUAACCUAUGUCAGAGGUUGAAAAAGACCUCCUUAGGGUACAGUGACACGGUGAGCUAUGCAAUGGAAGUGGGUCCCUUUGACACAUUCCAGAAGAGAGCCGCUUGGGGCAGGUGCAUCGUUGACUUCUUCCUGGUGAUUACACAACUGGGUUUCUGCAGCGUUUAUAUAGUAUUUUUAGCAGAAAAUAUGAAGCAUGUAUGUGAAGGAUUCUUUGAGCAGAAAUCAGCGAAUGCCACCGAAACCAGUGGGUCCUCGGACAAAAGGACCAUCGAUCUGCGGCUGUACAUGCUGUGUUUCCUUCCGUUUAUCAUCGUCUUGGUUUUCAUCCGUGACCUUCGGACUCUGUCUGUGCUUUCCUUCUUUGCAAACAUAUCCAUGGCUAUCAGCCUUGUCAUCAUUUAUCAAUAUGUUAUUCACGGUUUGAAACAUGCACCUGUGAAGAAGCUGCCUCUAAUUGCUGAUUUGAAGAAAUAUCCACUUUUCUUUGGCACGGCUAUAUUUGCUUUCGAAGGAAUAGGAGUGGUGCUUCCCCUUGAGAACAGAAUGAAGGAUGCUGGCCGUUUCCCACAGGCUCUGAACAUCGGCAUGGGGAUUGUGAUGACCUUGUACAUCUCCCUGUCUACUCUGGGUUACAUGCGCUUUGGGGAUGAAAUCCAAGGCAGCAUAACACUGAACCUGCCACAAAAUAAAUUGGUGUAUCAACUGGUCAAGAUUUUCUAUUCCUUUGGGAUUUUUGUGACCUACGCGAUUCAGUUCUUUGUUCCGGCAGACAUCAUUGUUCCAGCUAUCACCUCUGGAGUACAGCAGAAGCUGAAACUUUUCUAUGAGCUGGUGGUGAGGAUGCUCUUGGUCUGCUCAACAUGUGCUGUAGCAAUUCUGAUCCCUCGCCUGGACCUGGUGAUCUCGUUGGUAGGAGCUGUGAGCAGCAGCACUCUGGCUUUGAUCUUGCCGCCGUUGGUUGAGAUCCUCACUUUCUACAAGGACAAGGAUGACCUGGGGAUGGUCGUGAAAGACAUCUUCAUCGCCUCCCUGGGAGUGAUGGGCUUUGUCACUGGCACUUACGUGACCAUUGAAGAAAUCAUUUGUCCCACUUCCUCGUCUUCUGUCAAUGCCACAAUAUCUCCGGGCUGUUUGAACGUUUCACACUUGGCCGCGGGUUUAGAUUAACGCUGGAAGACUGUCAUUCCACGGAGUUUGUUACCAUGGAUUUCCUCGGGAACCAAAGAGAAUGCUGGAUUCCACAGGGUGAAGCUGGGACCCUGAAUGAGUGUCUGGGAAAAUUAAAAUACCUUCUGCCCAGUGUGUAUGCAUCUUGCA